CGCCACCACCGCCGCCACCGCCGCUGCCGCCCGCCACGCAGCUGGGGAUCCAUCGCUCGGCGAACCGUUCGGCUCAAAUGCUCCUCAAGUCGGUACACCGGCUCGCCCGCCCGUCUCUACUCGUGGCGGCAGGCACAUUUGCUGGUGAGGCCGCUCGGCGAGGAUUCUCACAGCCCGCCAGCGUCUGCGAGAGCGCGGCAGCACCACAGCUCACGAUGAUCUACUUCCCGGUCCGGGCGCUGGCGGAGCCCGCGAGGAUGAUUCUCGAGUUCGGCGGCGUCGCGUACGAAGACGCAUCUCCCCAGCAGGCCUACGGCGUGCCUUGGAAGGACGCCAAGGACAAGACGCCGUUCGGUCAGCUGCCGCUGCUCCUGGUCGACGGCAAGGAGCUGGCCCAGGCUGGCGCGAUCAUCCGCUACUGCGCUGCGCUCGUGCCUGCGCUCGUGCCGGCCGAACCGCUUGAGGCUGCGAGGUGCGACAUGAUCUUCGAGGCGGCGCGCGAGCUCGACGCCGUCAACCCGAUCGUGAAUGCGGCGUUCUUCGACAGCUUCCCGGCCAAGCUUGCGCGGCUGGCGAGGCAGCUGCGCGAGAGCGAGGGCCCCUUCUCCUGCGGCGCGGCGCCGCGCUGGUGCGACUUUAUGCUCUACCACAACCUCGACAACGCACGGCUGCUCGAGCCCGCCGCGCUCGACGCUUACCCGGAGGUGCGCACCUUCAUGGCGGCGGUCGAGGCGACGCCGCGCGUGGCGGAGUUUCUGCAGGCGAGGCCCAAGCCGGUGGACAUUGGGACAAAGCCGAUGCUGGAGCCAAACGUGCCGGGCAUACGCGUGAAGAAGUAGUGACUGUGAUCUCGCGGCCACAGUGCGCCCCGUCUGCGGCGUGCGGGGAGUGUAACAUGAAGGUCCGUCUGCAUUCCGCUUGCCGGGCGGCGUGCGAGAUCCUGCAGGGGCUGGGGGGGCUGGAUUUUGUUAUUUGUUUAUUGUGAACUUUGAAGGCUC